UGUCUCUAUUCCGUCUAUGAAUGUCUAUGGUGUUCGAAUGUGUGCCGUUUCAACUCCCUCUGCGAGUAAGAUUGGUGCUUCAAGGUCGAUAAAUGGUAUCACGUUCUAGCUCUAAGAACACUGUUGUUUCCCAAAAAAGAGAAUCUCUGUAAACAAUACUGCUCUCAGCAUGACAGACUUAGUCGGUCAAGUUGAUGAUGAUGAUGAUGUGGUGGAAGUUAUGUCUCUCGGUGGUAAGGAUAUUUCUGGAAACAUGAUCCAGGAUGAUACUGAUCAACAAGCUUCUCUGAAUGAAAUGAGUUUUGACGUUAACAUUCCUCUGGAAAGAUUGAUCAACAAGAAGAAGGAAUAUGGUAAAGAGGUUGCUGUAUCAAGUUCAGGAACAAGUGACAAUGCCUUAAUAAAAGAUCUUGUGCUUGAACUAACAGGUGGGGUAAGGAAGGCUUGGCCUAAGAAUGGUCAAUUGAUGACCUUGAUCUUAGUGUUACGUAUGCCAUCCUGCAGAAAAUUGGCAUAGCUAAUUGGUGCCCUCAUCAGAUCAUUCCAGGCUUUCUCUGUCAUUGGCCAGCUUGUUGUAUCAAAUAGGGAAGUCUAUUCCAUUUAACUAUGGUGCCUUUGUUCUUAAUUAGGUCAAACGUCAUAUUAGCUUGCAUGCUCUUAAGUUACCCAUUCCCUAUCCCCGUUUCAUUUGGGGGAUCCUAUUAGCCCAAAAACUUGACUUGCUAUUUGUUGAUGAGCCAUUGGGUCCUUUUCCAGCAUUCCUUACUCUUAGUUACAAGUCAUUUCAAGGCCAUCACGUUCCUGACCUCACUCCUCCUCCACCCAUUAAUAAUGUGGAUGCCCUGAGUUCUUCUAUGAUUAAUUCACCUUUUGGGAGGCAUCUUCGGCAGUAACUGGCCUACGAAUCUCGUGAUCUGUCUGUUCUGAUUCAAUGUGCUUCUGAGAGGAAAACUGAAGUGGAUGUGCUCGUUCAGAUGAUGUGGGCUGCGAUGUCCAGUUCUGGUGGUGCCUCUACUUCCAGAGAUGGAUGACUCUGCUGACUGGGAUGACUGAAUUUCUUGUAUGUGUUGGAUUUUCCAACUUUUUUUAUUACAAGUCAGAAA